AUGGCUCAGCCUAUCCCACGUUAUUUGUUCUGCACGUACUGCGAGAUAGAUGGACACGAGGUUAUCUCUUGCCAUCAUCCCUUCGAAGCUUUAACCAGCUUUGCUGCAGCCGCUGGCCUUACAACUGGCCAGUCCGCCCAAGGCUCGGCUGCUUCUGGCAACCAGAAGUCCUACCGUGUUGCGCGCUGGGGUGGAGGAAAGAAGAAACGCUUCGUCAAUGACGCUGCGUCGGGUGUCCCUACUCAGGGCACCGGCCACCCAUCGAACUACGGCACCUAUCUCAAUCUAGCCGAGGCCCAGAUGCUGGCUACCUACCUCGAGCAGCAGCGACUUUACUGGCUCUGGUGCCGUGCGUCAUGGGCAUACAGUGCGAUUGAUAGGCUGCACCGGCAGCCA